CACACAGUCUGGACCUGACUUACUCCUUCCAACCUCGGGACAGGUCCAUCCUUUAUUGGUGGAAAAAGAAGAGACUAGAAUAGUGAGAAAACUUCAUAGCCACCUCUGAUGCCAUUGCCUGAAUGGACUGCACAGCAAACCUGAAUAACCAGGACAGAUUUAGCAUCCACAUACUUUCUGUCAUUUUCAUCUACCCUACACUGCAGGUUUUUCAGGUACUUGCAUGAACGCGCGCACACACACACACACACACACACACACACACACACACACACACACAUACACACGUAAGGAAACGUGCUAUCCAAGGAGUGAGUAAGCACAACUAUUUAAACAGCCCUUCAUCCAAGAACAGUACUUCUUCAGAUCAAGAACGAGCUGCCAUAAUUCUCAUUGACCACAGGGACCAUGUCCACCGAGAAAGUGAACGGCCUCACGGAGGAACAGGAGGAGAUCCUGGAGUGCAGCUUCAGCAAAGGGAACAAGUACCCGGACCCUACCAUGCUGCUCCUCAUCGCCGCCGAGGUCGGCCUCAGCUUGGAACAGACCGAGAAAUGGUUCAAGCGGCGCCUGGCUCAGUGGCGGAAAUCAGAAGGGCUCCCCUCAGAAUGCCGCUCUGUUACAGACUAAGGAAGAUUGAUUAGGAGGCUGCCAUCUUCUCCCACCACACCAUGAAGACUAUUAUUCCCCUCCUGGGUUUAGUCAAGUUAUUUUUGUUUUGCAGUAUAGUUUUAUAUGUUCAAAUGUUAGCCAUCUUGCUAUUUAACAUGAUGUUUUAUUUUUAAAAUGUGCAUAAUAAGAAUAGAAAAGAAGUCAUAUGAAGCUCUCUGCAACUUAAAUAUAACAAGUGGCUUAGCUGGCAAAGUAAUGCAGUAGGUGGGUUCGGAUUCCAUAGCUCAAGGACAGAUCAUUCUCACAGUGUACUGUUUGCAGUUUACUCUUUACUUAUACCUCACAGAACCAGCAAUGGCCUCCUACCAGUGCCUCUGGGGUGGGGGGAGGAAUGCCUUCCAAGUCUGCUUUACAAAUUAAUUUUCCAUAUGUUCAGUUCAACUAAGUGGAUACAGUUAAGCAUUCUCCAGGCACCUGGAUUAUGAAGCAGCUUCCAGGACACUGGCUGCAUUAACUUGGACAAGGCCCAGUUAGGUGGGAAGAGCCCAGAAAGCCCACAACAGUCCAAAAAAACAACUAAAAGGAAAGUGAGAGUAGCUCUGAAUUAAUUUUAUUUAAAUGCAUGGAUUAGAUUAUAGCUAAAUAAUAUACUUAUUUUUUUCCUGAAAUGAUAUUAUUAAUAAAACCAUAACUUUUUGUUGGGAACA